UACAUGGCAUAGUAUUUUCCCCCGAGUUAUCUGCUCGGUGACAUUAUCUAGUCCAACCACAAUCUUCAAGUGAUCUUGGAAUCGGGCCGCGGACUGUUUACAUCGCACGUCGCUGUUUUUAUUUACACGAGGUAAAUCGUAAGUACGAGUAAGGCGCAGUUCAGUCGAGAAGCGCAACGUGUCGACAUCAGUUUCGAGGUACGCUCGCCUAGCCUUGUCUAUUCAGCACACAGAUCUCAGCGGAAGUUAGCUUCAUUUUGUAACGGCUUUUCUACCAAGCAGGAGGUGGCUGCACUCCAAUAUAUAUUUCUCCGGGUUCAUUGGAAGUACUAGAACAACUCAUACUGUGUUACUUGUUUUUCAUUGCACUCACAAUCGCCUGCUAGCAUUCCCACAUUUAUUGACAGGUGAAUGGUAUAUUCUGGGAUAACGGAGAGUCAGACACGCUGAACAAGAACGGUCCAUUUUCGAAGGAUUUAUCCCAAUUUUUAAGAUUUCUAGACUAGAAUAUUCGUAAACACACGAAAGGAAGGGAGAUUCUGAAGCAAGGCAGGGAUAAUCACAAGAAUAUUUUGAAAGACACCCGGAAUGUCCUCAGAAAGGAUCGUUGACACAAUGCAAGAUCUAUUCCGGCUCAUCGCUGGUGACAUCAGCAACCAAUGGAGACCAGUCAUGAAAAUGCUGGGUCUAUUCGACGCCGACUUGACCCUCAUCGAACGCCGCUCGAGGGCCAAGAGUGUAAACAAUAAGGAACUUGCUUACCUCGGCCUGGUGAAGUGGGAGGAGCGAGAUCAAGAGAGAGCCACGCUUGAGAAACUCUCCAGGGCUUUGGCUUCAUGUCGAUUGCAUGGCGUGGCUGAUGUUGUCAUGGAUUAUAAAAUUAGGAACCGUCCUUGAGUAUUAGGAGACGCUGCAAUCAGACGAUACGCGCGUCAAGAACAGUCGCCAUUUUGAAAAACAUUAGGACCAUUAUUCAUAACAACACCUCAGAAGAACCCAUCGUAUUUUUGAGACGAUUGAAGAAAAUGUCAUCAGGAUGCAUUUUGUUAGAUUUCAGAGGAGUCAGUAUUUAUCGCCAUCUAUAGACAGACAGUAGCACUAAUGAAUUGGCAAUUCAGAGCAUAACGUGAUCGGAGGAUAACUUUUAGAUCAAUAUUGAGGGGGUAAAAGAACGGGGCAGAGGGAGGACUUUGACAUGGGAACGGGGAAGGAAAGCCCAAGGAUAGAUUGGCAUUCAAAUGAAAAAGAAGAAGCAAAUGUCUUGAGGUACAUACUUCGUGUGGAACCUUGUUUUUUUGGCUUAAAUUCGGGAAGCAACGUUUUUCGAUCGACAGAGUUAUUCUAAACCAUGGAGUUGCAGUCGAGAACAGUGCCAUUACGUACAAAUUCCGAUGUCAAUUGCGAAAUGAGCGCAAUUAAUUUGACCAUGGAGUCAUUUUGUAUGUUAUCUUAAAUGUAGUGAAAAAUUUACUUACUAUUAGUGUGAAUAAGUAGUCGCCGUAGGCCUAGUUUGAUCGAGAAGGGACCAUGAGGCAACAAAGAGUGACCGAUGAGGUGAGCAUGUUUGGUACACGACAUGGUAGGCCUACCGGAACAAGGACCCCGGGCAACGACCAAACCUUUCAGUUAUUUUGAGUACAAGGCUGGCAACACAGGCCACCAUUUUGUUGCACUUCUUCUCGAUUCGUGGAGUAGACGCAGGCGCGUGAAGAUAUCAGAAUCGUAGAGAUCGAUCAGCUCCGGGAGCUACACAAAACUUUUUAAAAGGUCUACAUGCACAUACACCAUUUCAUGUGGAGGUUCAUGAUUGUUUUCUGUAGGUUUGUGGUGACUGACCUUAGAGCGAGUAACCAGCCUGGAUACUGAAAUGACGGACUGACCGAUGGUUAAAUUGAUCUGUUGUCGACACAGUAGUUAUUAACUACACCAUCUAAUCAAACAGUGGCAGCACCGUCGACGAAACAGAAUCGAGGUUCCGAAUUACUUGGAUGUGACGAAGGUGCAGUGUGAAGGGUGCAAUUCCCCGAAUUGGCGACAACUACUCCCAUAACGCGAAGCCUUGCCUGGCUGAUAACAGAGAGGUGUUGUGCAACAUUUACUUCAACUUCAGACCGAACAGCAGUCGGGUAUAAUCAUCCAAAUUAUGGUCAUGGUGCUAUAACUCCUCUGUAUAUCUAUUUACUAGUCUAAUAAAUAAUUUAACCAUUUGAUAUUUUACAA